UUUGUCCACAACAUCACUUGAUUAACGUAUGCCUUUAUCCGGAAUAUUUAGUUUCACAAAACGUGACCAAGAACAGUCUCCAAGUUGAGGGGACUCGCAAUCCUGCACUCAUUUCGUUGACCGAUGCGUCAAUUCCUUCAGUCGUUCCUGGCCAAAGCGGGGGUGGCGGCGGCCCCGGCGGCCUCAUCAGGUGCCUCUGCGUCCAAGAACAUCGCCAAGGAGCGAUUACAGAUCAUCCUGGCACACCAACGCGGGUCUGUGGCGCUGAGCGGGGUCAAUCUCAACGCCCUCCAAGCCGAGCUGCUCGCGUGCGUGCAACGCCACAUUGCGGUCGCGGAUGGCGAAAAGGUCAACAUUGCGGUCAAGCACGAAGGCAACCUGGACAUUUUCGAGAUGCAAGUUCCUGUCCAGCCACUUGCUGCGGCCGCCGCCACCUCCCCUCGCGCACCGUCGGUCUAAUACAGACGUCUUAUUCUACCUCCACA